AUGACCAGGUACCUGGAUGAGUUGGAUGUCAUGAUGGUGGAGGAGGGCUUCACCACUAGGGAUCUCCUGGAGAGUCUCCUCCUCAAGGUGGCCCAGACGGUGAGGACCAAGACUAUUGCCUUUUUUGUGGCGAAUCUCGAGAAUGUGGUGAAGAAGCAUGUGCGCCUCCUCAAGGCCCUGCCCCGCGUCAAGCCCUUCUACCCCUUGAAGUGCAACGGCAGCAAGGGAGUGGUGCAGAUGCUGGCAGGGCUGGGGGCUGGAUUCAGCUGCACCAGCAAGACAGAGAUGGCCGUGGUGAAGAGUAUUGGAGUUCCACCAGAGAGGAUCAUCUGCACCAGCCCCUGCAAGCAGAUCUCCCUGAUCCGAUACGCAGCCAGCCAAGGGGUGCGGCUGAUGACUUUUGACAAUGAAGUGGAGCUCGGGAAGGUAGCACGGAGGUACCCAUCUGCCAGAAUGAUUCUGCAACUGGCUACUGAUGACUUCAGGUCCUCCAAUCAUCUGAGUGUGAAAUUUGGUGCCACCCUUAAAACCUGCCGACAUCUCCUCGAGAUUGCAAAGCAGAUGAACAUUGAGGUGGCGGGCAUCAGCUUCCACGUUGGAAGCAGCUGCGCCGACCCUCAGAUCUUCACACAAUCCAUAGCAGAUGCUCACCUGGUCAUGGAAAUGGGUGCAGAGCUAGGUUACAAGAUGCAUCUCCUGGACAUUGGAGGAGGACUUCCUAGUGCUGAAGAGUCUAGGAGGCGCUUCGAAGAGACAGCAGCUGUGAUCAACUCUGCCUUGGACCUCUAUUUCCCCGAAGGCUGUGGGGUUGAGAUCCUCGCUGAACUGGGGCGCUACUAUGUGAAUUCAGCCUUUACCUUGGUGGUCAACAUAAUUGCCAAGAAGGAAGUUCCUCUGGACCAGCCGGGCCCAGACGAGGAAGAACCUGAUGGCAAGAAGAGCUUCGUCUACCAUAUUAACGAUGGGGUCUAUGGCUCUCUUGGCUCGGUCAUCUUCAGCAACAUCUGCCCCAUCCCCAUCCUGCCUAAGAAGCCCCCACCAGAUCUCCCUUUGCACAGCAGCAGCUUCCGGGGACCAACUGGUGAUGGGUUGGACCGAAUUGCAGAUGGCUUGGAACUCCCUGAGCUCCAGGUUGGGGACUGGCUGAUCUUUGAGAACAUGGGGGCCCACACUGUGCUUGCUCCCUCCUCCUUCCAGGGAUCUCAGCCAGCCCAAAUUCACUAUGCUAUGUCCAGAAUGGCCUGGUAAGAUGGUUUCCAGACCGGGAGGAAAGGGGGGAGGGCAUUUCCACCCCAUGAAACAGAAUCCACAAGGGGCCAGAAGUUCUUGGCUUGAAUCCUGCUUCUGCCAUGAAAUUGCUAGACACAAUGUUGAGUUUUAUUACAGGGUGAGCACACUGAAUGCUGAAAUAAUGAGAGCAUAUGAAGUGCAGAGCAUUCUUACAAUACCGGAAUCACUGCCCGGUUGUUUCAAAAACGCAGAACAUUUACAUGCUACUUGUAGGGAGUCAGAUAGAUGACCUGGGAGAAACCAUCCAGAA